GUCGUGGCAGGGGGUCGGUAGUUUGUGAAUCGCCGGGUAUCCUACCGAUCGGAGGCUGCUGAACUCGAAAUCUCUCAGCAGGAGUAGAUGAUUCACUCUCAAGUCUCAGUUUUUUUUCUAGCUCGUUUUUAACUAGAUCCAUACAAACUUCCUCAAAAUUGUUCGCCCUUCUCCUAGACCCCACGAGCCAAAUUUCAAUUCCUCGUUAGACUUUUGGGUUGUCAGUGGGGUUCGCGGGCACCACGUCCACGCCAUGGAAUCGCAAGAGGUGCCCAAGACCUGCAAGGUCAUCCUCGCCGACACAAUAGCCAAGAAACUCCUGGCAGAGGUCAAGGAGACAUUGGCUAGCGUCCAGAGCCCAGAGGCAGGCAAGCCCACCUUGGUCGCCUUCCUGGCCAACGACGACCCUGCCGCUGGGCAGUAUGCCGACUGGUCCAAGAAGACGUGCGAGGAGAACGGCUUCAACUUUGACCUCCGCAAGGUCGAUAAGGAAAGCCUUGAAGAGGCCGUGGUAGCCGCCAACGAAGACGAUGCCGUCGACGGCAUCCUGGUCUACUACCCCAUCUGGCGCAACAACCAGCAGCAGGACCGCUACAUCCAGGAGACGGUCGCCCUCUCCAAGGACGUCGAGGGCCUCUGCCACACUCACCUCUUCAACAUGUACCACAACAUCCGCUUCCUCGACCCGCCCGCCAACACCAAGAAGUCGAUCCUGCCGUGCACCCCGCUGGCCAUCGUCAAGGCGCUCGAGCACCUGCAGAUCUACAACCCCAUCCUGGCCUACGGCAACCGCCUCUUCGGCAAGACCAUCACCGUCAUCAACCGCAGCGAGGUCAACGGCCGCCCGCUUGCCGCCCUGCUCGCCAACGACGGCGCCACCGUCUACAGCGUCGACAUCAACGGCGUGCAGCUCUUCACCCGCGGCAGCGGCAUCCGCGCCCCGCGCCACCAGGUCCACGACAAGGAGGGCUGGGGGCUCAAGGACGUGCUCCCGCUCAGCGACGUCGUCAUCUCGGGCGUCCCCUCCGAGGACUUCAAGGUGCCCACCGAGCUGAUCCGCGAAGGCGCCGUGUGCAUCAACUUCUCGAGCUACCGCAACUUUGACGGCCCCGCCGUCAAGGAAAAGGCGAGCAUCUACGUGCCCAGCACCGGCAAGGUGACCAUCGCCGUGCUGCUGCGCAAUCUGGUGCGUCUCAUCGCCAACCGGCCGCGUCCCGAGGGGACGUCCGCGGAGAGCGAAAAAGCGAGGAACGAGGCUUUCCAGGACGGUUGAGUUGAUCCGGCUCUCUUAUCCU